GCCCAAUCCCAUCUCUAUCCCUAUCCUACACAGCAGCCGCCAUCAACAAUGAACAUUGAAUAAUGGCCAAAUGCAAAUCUCAUCUCCGGAAGCCUCCAUGAACCGUCGCAUCGCCGAAUCUCAUCUCCUAUCCGACGCCGCAAGCAACCAAUAAAUCGCAGCUUCGCCCUCGUCGAUGCCCUCGUCGCCGAUCGAUCUCACCUUUUGCAUGCGGGAUUGGUGGCAUUGGCGGCAAGAAUCGUAUGAACUUGGAGUAAUCGGCGUCGUCAGUGGAUUCGAAGAUGGAAGAGAGACAGAGCAGAUUCGCCGUGUUCUGAGAUGGUCUUGUCGUGUCGUCUGCGGCGGCGACACCCUAUCCCAGACCCGCGGCGGCAUACGACGACGUUGGACAGGGGGAAGGAAGAGGAGGACUGGAGGAGGUGAGAGGCGGAUUUAUGGAGGAGUUGGGUGAAAGAUCAGGGUUGGAAGAAUAGCGGAUUUGAAGGAGAUGGAGGGAGUGGUUUGACGAGCAGAGGAAGGUAGAACUGUAGAAGGAUGUUUGUUGGUAGAGAGAGAGGAAGAUUUGAGGAAAAACGACGAAGAGAGUGUAAAGAAAAGAGGAAGGGUCUAGAAUUUCGGGUUUGGUCGGGAUCCCGAGCCAAACCGGAAUAUAACUCAGUUCGGCUAAAUCGAACUGAAUUAUAUUUUGGUUCGAUUUCAGUUUCAUGUGUAGGGUGCUCGGUAGACCCGGUAUACUCAAUUUUGGUUCGGUUUUGACCGAACCAAACCGAUGCCCACCCCUAGUAUCUAGAUAUCAUAAACUAGUAUUCAAAAC